UACAGGGCAUCAAUCAUCCGAUGCGAGGGACUCGACGCCGGUGAAUAAACGAGUCACAUUUAACAAGAGUUUGGACGGAAUCUUUAUGGGAAAUGGGGGUACCAAUACGAGAGAAGAUUUGGACACGAAAAUCUAUAUUUUUUGGUGUCGGAUUGACAUCUUCCUUAUCCAUAUUUGUUUGAAAUCUCCCGGUGCAAAUCACAGCAGUAGCACGCUAACGCGUUCCAUCGCACUACAUCUGUAGUUGUUGGUCGGUGACAAACUAGCUACCGUUAGUUAGCUGUAACCAGAAUAUGGAUAUUUUUGUAAAGACAAUAGAGGUGAUUGUGCUCGAACGUUUAGCUGAUUUUACGUUAUGACCUGCUAACGUUAGUCCUGUAUUGGAAAUCUGACCGCUAAACCCAUUCCUCUGUAGUCAGUGGUAUCAAGGUGACGGAUGGAAGUAGCUAAGCUAAAGCCACUGGACUUGUGAACCGGUGUAGAUAAACUAACUAUGGCUAAUGCUAUGUGCCGUGGAAUGUUGUACGCUAGCUAGUGACACAUUGAGUAACUAGCUAGCAGCUACCAUGAAUUAUAUUGUGUUAGCUAACCUCCGACAGAUGUUGGGUGGUAUGUCUGCAAUCAAAUGUAAUAUGUAAUGUAUACCACGGGCUUACACCAUGUAUGUGGUUGGCCUCGUCCUUGUCAACCCCUGUGGUUGACACAAGUAUCGGUUUUUAAAAGCAAACAGCGGGAUAAAAACGCUGUCACCGGGUAGUGGUGCUGAAAAGAAAGAACAUUUUCUGUCGCUAGCUCGCUACAGUACUGUAGCAAUGGGAGCUAGCUAGCUAUGUAGCUAGCAGCACAUUAUAGCUAGCUAACCCCCCCAGAUUUUAUCAAUGGUGUCUAAUAAAUUUUUAUUCGCAAUAAUUCUAUUAUAUGUGUAUAUAGGUGUACAGUCAUUAUUUUACUUUUUUGGCGGCGUCGUUUUAACUAUUUUGGUUGCUAUGGCAUUUUUAAAUGGACCCAGACUAUUAGACUGGGCGAAUUCACCUCCUCAUCUUCAAUUCAACAAAUACGUCCUGACUGGAUACCGACCAAUAUCUUCUGUCCAAGACUGUAUAAGAAGCCUUUUUUACAUGCACAACGAACUGGGAAACAUAUACACACAUGGUAUCCCUCUGCUCUGCUUCCUGUUCCUCAUCCCGCUCAACUUCCCCUGGUCCCAGAUCAGUGUGACAUGGCUGGGUGUGGUCCACUUCCUGGCCUGUCUGUCCCCCCAGCUGGGCUCUGUGCUCUACCACCUCUUCAUGAACCACGAGGGAGGAGAGCCUGUCUACCACACCCUUCUCACCCUCGACAUGUGUGGCAUCUGUAUGAUCAACACGCUGGGAGCGCUGCCCAUCGUCUACAGCACCCUGCUGUGCUACCCAUUCACCCGCACAGUGGCUCUGCUCGUCUACAUCCUGCUGUCCAGCUACGCUAUCUACUCGGCCAUCACGGCGCGGAGUAGCGUGCGGCGCCUCCGCUCCUUUGCCUGGCAGGCCCUGUUCCGCUUCUCCUUCUUCCUGCUGCGCUGGGUGGGUGUGGGCGGCGGCAGCCCUACCUCGCUGCAACACUUCCUCACCAUGGACGCGCUGGCUGUACUGGGCGGGAUCAUCAACAUCUCGCGCAUCCCAGAGCGCUUCCGCCCGGGCCUCUUUGACUACUGGUGCAACAGCCACCAGAUCAUGCACGUGCUGGUGGUGGGCUCCAUCCUCUACCUGCACUGGGGUGUGCUGGACGACCUGCUCUGGAUCAACAGCCACCACUGUCCUUCAGACUGAGCCCCACCCUGCCAGGAGGGGGACCAGUGGGGAACAGGGUUUAGGACCUCUGUGGGGGGGGGGGGACUGUUUCAAUAGGUAAUGCUUGGGAAGGGAAGAUGGGAGGUGUUCAUGAAGACGUGCAUGGAAGGCCAGAUAAAGUGUUUUACAUAAUAGGGAUUGGUGCAGGCUUUGACACAUGUGCACCUAGCAAGAAUGUUCAUACUGUAUCUGUGUCCACCUUGCCAUUAUACAUGCGUUGCUAUUUAUAUUAGGGAAUAUUGGCUCACUGGUCAACACACACACACACACACACACACACACACACACACACACACACACACACACACACACACACACACACACACACACACACACACACACACACACACACACACACACACACACACACACACACACACACACACACACACACACACACACACACACACACACACACACACACACACACACACACACACACACACACACAGCAGAGGAUCUGUGAAGAUUACACACAAAGGAGAUUAAGGAUUUGAUAUCAGAAAUACACAUUGAAAUGUCUACCAAAAAAAUCAUGAUAUGCAAGUGAAGUUACACUUGAGCAAUAGUUGAUUUGCUGUUGACUUAUCCUCAUGUGUCAAUUACCAUUUCAACCUAUGUCUUUUAUCAAAGUGGACCUUCAAUGAUGCAUUAAUUCUUUCUGAAGUAUUUUUCAGAUGUCAUUCUAUUGCAACCUAUGCAGCACAUAGCAUAUAAACUUCAGAACAAACACACACACCGCACACACUCACAGCGUAGCAUGCAUACAUGCUAGUAAUGCACAAAGCACUCCCAGACCCGUCACAGAGUCCUAUGGAACUACUUGAGUUACUGUGUAUUAGAGUGGAUAUUCUCCCUCUCAUUAUUUCUUCCAUGUUUGUUUGUCUUUCUCCCUUCUCUCUGGCUUUGUCAGUCUCUCUGUGGUCAGGUAUGGGUUAAGGGUAUGGGUAACUGGGUAUGGGUGAAGGGUAACUGGGUAUGGGUGAAGGGUAACUGGGUAUGGGUGAAGGGGUUCAUUCCUUGGCUUGUUAGUGCUCAUUUUGCUUGAUGCAUUGUGCCAUUGAAAAUACAACCAUUCUGAAUAGGGAAUCAUGACAGAUUAUCCACGUUUACAAUUGCUAUUGUUGAGUUGCAUUAAGUUACUCUUUAUUAUUGGUUGACCUUAAUCUCGUGAGACAGUGCUUUUUAUUUAUUUAUCAAUAUCUAUUUAAAGUGACUAUUCCUCACAUUUAACUGAGGAAUUUGAUUUGGUUUUGAAUCCGGAUUAUUCAAAUUAGUUCAUGACUAUUAAGUUAAACAAAUAUAUUUUGUUGUUGAUUAUUGUAAUCAUGUUUGGCACAUACUGUAGUCAAUGAAAAGGGCACAUAACGUCUUAAAUGACGAUGCCUAAAACAGACCGGAUGUCUCUCUUUAUAAUACCUGAACAAUAGUUACAUGACUGCAAGAUGGAUCUUGUUGACUGAAAAGGGAAGUUCUGCCACCAAACAGAUACCAAAUGUUUAUUACUCUACGGUAUUAGUGAGACAGUUUGUGAUGAGGGUUUUUAAAAUGAGAAUGCCCUAUUAUUAUUUGACUACUAGAAACCAGUAGGUUCCCCUGGGAGGGUGGAAAUGGCCGACAGCUAGGCUACUUUCUAGGCUUUUAACUGUCCGAGGCCAGAUAAUGAUUUGGUAUGAGGCACUGCAUUCUAUGCCAAAGCUGGACAUUAUUACUACAUAACAUUGCCCGGUUUGACUCUUUGCACUUUGUUACCCUUAGAGAGGUACAAUACUGUAGUACCAAGCUGACCUGUGCCGUAUAGUAUUUCAUUAGACAACUGCAACCAAGCAUGAAUGAACCCCUAACCCUCUCACCAUUUUCACAACCAGUAACCCUGAGCAAACUAUUUCUGGUUACUCAGUUUUAAAGUCAAAACUGUUGCCACUAGUUUCUGCACUGGCAUUUGAGUUUAUGCUCUGAGGAACAGUACAAUGUUUACUUUUUGGAUUACUUUAGUGUUUUAUAGAUUUUGUUCAACGAUUGACUGUAUGUGGAAGGUUGAGACCAAGCGGUUUGUUUUUUUAAUCUGCUUUGUUCUGAGGGAACUUUAACCUAGCCGUCCCAUUGGACUAGUUAAGUUUGCAUGUUUCUAUGUAACAUUGCACUUUUGUAACCUAGUGCACACACUCACACAUACCCACACUAAUAACCACUUCACUCAUAAGUUGCCAAAUGAUGUGUCGAGGGCCUCCGUUGUAGCACAUACUUUGCUCACAUUGAGUCAAGGGUGAGGGAGAAUGUCCCAGCCUCUCCCACACAGGCCUCAGACUGCAACCCGACCCUGACUAGUGUUAAACCGUUUCUCAGUCCCCUUAUGAAACCACCCUUGUCAUGGUGAGUACAUUACAGCCAUGGCCCCUUGUAUCGUCAUAAGCUGAAAUUGUAUUACAGUGCACUGAAUGAAACUGAUCAUUAAUGCAUGUUAGUAGCUCUCAAACGGAAAGUCAUUGUCUCAUACGAGGACUUUAACUUAGUAUUAGCCAAAUGCUUGUGCAUUGUAACAUAUGACACGUCAUGUGUCAGUCACUCCAGCUAAGAGCUUUACAUGCUGUCAGGGCAGUGGACCAUGAGUGUUAAGAGAGGAACAUACUACAUACAGUAUAUACUAAUACAGGAAUAUGAGGGACUAGAACAGAGGCAAUACAACUAUAUCAAAUAAACUGCACUGUUUAUUUAUUUUCAAAAGGGCUUUGGAUCAAAGUGAAUACCAGUAAUGAAACUUAUUUAAAGUCCAUGUAAAUACAUGUAUGUAUGUAGAUUAUAUAUACAUACAGUGCAAACAGUAUAUAACGCUGAUACUUUUUUAUACAUGUAAUUAAAGGAAAGAAAGCAGAAGUAGGAACCUGGAAUUUAACCUGUAUGUCACCUCAGACAAUGCUCUGUGUCCGAGGGAAACGGGACCUGAGGGGUGGUACUACUGUGUAUUUAAUAUCAACCACAUCCAACCUAUUUACUCAAAUAUGUGAACCCAGAUAAAACAGAUUAUUUUCAGUUCUGUUGUAGAGAUGGGUAACCGUGUGGGUUUUUGAGAGACCCAGAGUUUAAGAAUGCUUUUGCUCGACUAAAUGUACCUCAUGAAAAUAAAAGAUGGGGAAGAUACAGGAGGGGGGGGGGGGGCAUGUAUGAAUACCUCUGAUUACAACUGGAUAUCUAUGCAUUAUCAGAUACAAAUACAUUUACACUGUCUGAAUUGGAUGUGUGUUCAAGUGGUGUUUCUCAACUGUCACAGAAAACAAAAAGGGUCAGUUCUCUACUCAAAGGGACUCCUCCACCCUGGGUUUUCCACUUCUCAGGGUGCUAUAGCCGUAGCUGUUACGUUGAGGCCAGGGGGUUCCUCUCUGAAACAUGGCUUUUAGAGCCACACACCACAGAGGCCACUGUGAGGGACUCCGGAACUGGGUAAGGGUCCGAGGGAAGGUAAGAGUCAGCAGUAGUAGUAGAAGUAGGGAUUAUUUAGGGAUUCUUGGGGUGGGCUCUGAUUAAACAAGGUGAAAUGUAUUUAAAGAGCGGUUGAGAAAAGAGUAAGACUGUGGAAACGGUAAGAUGGGAGGGGAGGGAAGAGUGGUGGGAGAAAGAACUGAAAACCAUUUUUCAGAGAUGGAACCAGGCCCACCAACAGUACCAUUUUUCAGAGAUGGAACCAGGCCCACCAACAGUACCAUUUUUCAGAGCUGGAACCAGGCCCACCAACAGUACCAUUUUUUAGAGAUUGAACCAGGCCCACCAAUGGUCAUUGUUUUAGUCUGUAUAUUCUGCUAUUCUAUGAUUAUAAUGAUGACAUGAUGUAUGAAAACACUUACGAACGUUUUUUUUUUGUACACAGGUGCCAGCUAGCCUGUUUCUGACUAUUUAUAAAGGAUUAACUGUCCACUAUUGUUAUACGACGAUGAUGACGAUGAUACUUAUUAUUAUUGAUACAAUUACUCUGUGGAGGGUUGGUACUAAUUAUGAUACUGUCUGUACUGAUAAUGAAAUGCCCUUUUCCUCUUGAUGAAGGGAGCUUUCUUGAGGGUCUGUCUGUUUCUCUGUUUGUCCUUGUCUUCGGUCUCUCUUGGUUUUUGUAAAUGAAUUGAAUGGCUGUUUAUUUGGCCCCAUCUGGUGGACAUAACUCUGUAACGUUGCAGUCUAUUGCAGGCAUCAUAUUGUAUCGUAUAAAGGCUCACCGCCAAACGUUCUGUGUCUGGCAGAGGAAGCCCAGUUCUGAUAUUUUCACUAAUUGAUCUUUUGACCAAUCAACUCUGAAAAAUAUCUGAUGUGAAAAGACCUGAUGUGAUUAGUCAAAGGACCAUUGGUGGAAAACAAAUACCAGAAUUAGACUUUGCUUUUACACAGGCAAUGUGACUGACUAACAUACUUACUACUCAACAGUGUUAACAUGCUAGGAGUGACCAAACCCUGCAUGUUCAGGGUUGCACAAACCAGUUAUGAAUGUAUACUUAUGGACCCUGUAUGUUUGAAUAUAUGAGCUGUUUUAAGAUCUCAUACUUCAUGUGUGAAAUCUGUGUAUUAAUGUGUUUUGUCUGUCCUGCUCCAUGUCUGGGUGCAAGUUGCAUCCUACUGUGCCUCAUCGACCCGCCUGUGUUCUCACCAACUCUUCUGUUAAUUUAUGGCCAUCUUGUAUCUCCCUGUGUCUAGUUUCUCUACAUGUCCAUCUGUAGUGUCUUGCAUUAUACAGACAGGCCCUCCCACUCCUCAGUCUCCAGCAACGAUUGUGCAAUAAACUGAAGUCUAUAUUUUUAAA